UACUUAACUGCCAAAUUAAGUUCUGUAUUCAAUUUUCAACUCACAGUUAGCGGAAGAAGAGGAAAGAAAGAACGAGAAGGGUUUAAUAAAAUGACAACUCUACAGCUAUGGCCGCUCCCUCCAUUGCCUUCCCUUCGCAACCCUAAUCUCACCUGUUGCUAUUUUACACCCACCGCCAGUUUCAACCCUUCAUUGAGUGCUGUCAAAUUCAACUAUACCCAUUCCGCAUCUCUCUUUAGACCCUCCAAGUUUCCGUCUUUCAACCGUAGAAGGGCUCAGUUUCAGACUCUUCAUUGUAAUGGGUCCAACAAGGAUACCGCAAAAACCACCUCGUUGGACACUAAGGAAACCGGCGGUGGAGGCGGCGGCGGUGAUGGUGAUGGAGAUGACGGGCAGAUGGAAAAGAGUAGUGGCCUCUUGCCAGAAUGGCUGAAUUUCAAUUCAGACGACGCGAAAACGGUUCUUGCGGCGUUGGCCAUAUCUCUUGCCUUUAGGUCAUUUGUGGCUGAGCCUAGAUAUAUUCCUUCUUUGUCUAUGUAUCCCACGUUUGAUGUUGGAGAUAGAAUUGUUGCUGAAAAGGUCUCAUAUUAUUUCCGGGAGCCCUGUCCGAAUGAUAUUGUAAUUUUUAGAAGCCCACCGGUGCUUCAAGAAGUUGGCUACACAGAUGAAGAUGUUUUCAUUAAGCGGAUAGUUGCAAAGGAAGGUGAUGUAGUAGAGGUUCAUGAUGGGAAACUGAUCGUAAAUGGGGUUGUCAAAAAUGAAGACUAUAUUCUUGAAAAACCUAAAUAUGAAAUGGCACAAGUUCGUGUACCAGAAAAAUCUGUUUUUGUUAUGGGCGACAAUCGAAAUAAUAGUUAUGACUCACAUGUCUGGGGACCCCUUCCUGCAAAGAAUAUAUUAGGGAGAUCUGUAUUUCGGUACUGGCCUCCCACUAGAGCCGGUAGCACAGUUUCUCCAGAAGGCUGUGCUCUUGAUAAGAAGGAGAGCAGCGUUUCUGCUCAAUGAUAUGAACCCAUGCAUCUGGUUCCCCUGGGAAAGCAGAAACUGAAAGUGCAGUUUCAAUUACGAAAUGCACAUUAUAUGCUGUCUGAUUAUAAGCAUACCAUUAUUUAGUAAAGGCAGAGGAAGAAAAGUCUCCUGCGUAAGUUGGUACAGAUUUAGAACCAUCUUUGUUAAUGUAUUGUGAAUGAGAUACCACAAUGCACAUCACAAUCCUAACUGAGCGGAUCGUGACCCAACCUCCACGGCCCUGUCUCCCGUACUGCCUUUCUUUGAGGCAAAUGCCGCCAAUUUUUGUAUGAUUUAUGUAAUGGACAACAUAUUACUGCAAAUUCCCCUGGUUCUUCUAUCACUGUAGUAAACUGUUGAACA